UCAGUUCUGGUUUAAUUUACUGCAGUAGUGUGAAGUAGACUGUAGUGUGUUGGUGUUGGUGAAGUCGUGUUCACUACAGACACUGAAGAUGAAGCUACUUCUGAUCAUUUUCACACUAUCGUGCAUUAAGGACUCGAGAGCUCAGAUUAAACAUGUAGAUAUUGAUUUAAGUGGUUGCACUGAAUCAGAUAAAGAGGAUGUGGGGGAACUUGAUGAUGAGGAAAUGUUUCACACAGAUUUUAAAAAACAAGCUCUGGUGGUGAAGUUACCCAAGUUUGCAGACCCUAUAGAGUGGCCUGAUCGUUAUGACCUCAGUGUCUCAGAGCAAGAACUCUGUAAACACAACCUUGAUGUAGCAGUGAGUUCCUACAAAAACCCUCCAGAAGCUCUGGAUGCACCACAGAACUCCAUCUAUCCCAAAAGAAAUGUUGAGCUGGGAUCACAGAACACACUCAUCUGUCACUCAGCACGCUUCUUCCCUCCUCCUGUCCGUAUCCACUGGACCAAGAACGGUGAAGACGUGACGGUCAAAUCCACACUCAGUCAGUACUACCCGAAUGAGGACAACACCUACAACCAGUUCUCUCACCUGCCCUUCACCCCACAGGAAGGAGACAUUUACACCUGCACAGUGGAGCACAAGGCGCUGGAUUCACCUGACACCAGGACAUGGGAGGUGAAUGUUGAACUUCCCAGUGUUGGUCCGUCUGUGUUUUGUGGUGUUGGUCUGUUUGUAGGUUUGCUCGGAGUCGCUACUGGAACUUUCUUCCUGGUUAAAGGAAACCAGUGUAACUGAAGAUUAGAGC